AUGGUGGUCGAGACGCGGCCACCGGUUACCACCGCGAUGAUGAGGGCUCACCUCAAUGAGGUCUACGGCAUCGCGGGAGACCUCUUCACCGUGCAUCGGCAUCGCCUUGAGGACUUCAUCGUGCGCUUCAGUCGCAUGGAGGACCUGGAGAUCGUUCUGGGGACUCCGACGUCGGACAACGCGCCGUUUCCCUUGCGCUGGCGGCAAUGGAGCCGCCUGCCCAUGGCGUCGGCGGGCUCAUUCCACUUCCGCGUUCUUGUCGGGAUGAAGGGGAUCUCGACGCAUGCCAGGUCCAAGGAGACUGCCCAGACCAUUCUUGGGGCGUCAUGCACCAACACGGAAAUCGCUGAUGAUGAGGCGCUGCACGAUCCUGAUGAUCAGCGCGAACAGUUCGUGGCGACGUGGUGCGCCCACCCUGACCUCAUCCCUAACGAGCUCAUCAUGGCGGUCCCCGAGCCUAAGGAGCCACAUGACGGUGGCUCGCCGUCCUACCUCCGGCCUCACGAGAUCAUCCACUCAGAGGUUCCGGCGUUGCGCUACCUCAUCAGGCUUUGGCUAGUCGAGUUCCAGGAUUGGCAUACUCCUCCGACCUCUAACGUCGAGGGCUAUGGCUACGGGGACGGCGACAGCGGCAACAGCGACAGCAACUUCAAUGGUUACUGGCCGAGUUUCUGUGAUUGCGGCGGCGGCGGCGCUUGGCCGCGCACUACGCGGUUUGGUGGGGACGACGACCCUAGGCUGGGCCGUGGGUCCGGCCUGUCAUUUAGGCCACGUGAGGCAUCACGGUGGCCUGCCCGGUCCAGUCGCCGCGCCAGCCCAUGCUGCGUCGGAGAGGUCACGUCGUCUGAAGGAGCCAGCUUGCAAAUCUCUACCGCUAGGAUUCCCGCAGUGGGUGGGACGCGUGUCGCCGUCGGGGAGGCUCGGACAGUUGACUCUCCUCGAAAGUAG